AUCAAAUCAACCUGGAGUCUAGCAUGCUAGCUUCAACUCACCCCGAUCUAGAAGGUAAACUUUGCCAAUCGGCGAAACGUACACGAGCUACGUUCCUUGGGACAAAGACACCAGGACUAAUACCAGGAUUGGCACUUGCUGUGUUGGCGACGACGAAAGGUUGGUUGAUCAAGGCGGAAGAGUCGGAGCCAAGAAAUCAGAUCGGAAUGGAGGGGAACGUUGUUGAAAUUACAAGCGCGAAUGGAGCAGCCAAUGAAGAAAGUCAAACGAAAGUUACUGGUGGGAAUUUAUAUCCGAAUGCUACUGUCUCAGAGACAGGCGUUCAACAGAUACUGGACGAGCUCGAGUCGGCUAAAGCAAUAUUUGCAAGAAUCAUCAAAACUUCCCACGGCGUUAUCGCCAUACGACAACAGGCUGGGUUCCGAGCCACUCCCGAAGCCGCUAAACCCAUAGGCUCGUCAUCAGACACCAAGACUACAGAAACCCAAUGGCAUCCACCUUGGAAAUUUAUGCGAGUAGUUUCAGGGCAUCUGGGCUGGAUGCAAAUCAGUCAUCGCCGCUUUUAUGGAUUCGACCAUACGUCUCUGGGAUUCUUAGCUGCUGGCAAGGCGAUGGUCACGCUUACGCAUCACAAGAAAUCCGUUCGUGCUCUCACGUUACAUCCAACAGAGUUUGCGUUUACCAGUAGGAGUGCGGAAAAUAUAAAACAAUGGAAGGUUCCCGGAGAAUUGUUUAUACAGAAUUUUGAAGGUCACAAGGCAAUUAUUAAUUACUUGACUGUAAAUGUCGAUAAACGUAUUAUUCUCGGGUGGUAUGGAGUUAUCGUGAUGAUGGCACAAUGGCGUUCUGGGGUUGGAAAUCCUAAUAUAAAUUUCAAGCGCUUGAAACCACCGCGCAACCAGAAUCUGAAGCAGGCAUAUUUGCGUACCCCGGAAACACAUCCGAUACAAUGGAAACCGUCGCUCGCACGCACAUGA